AUGGAUGUAAAACUGAUGUUUAGGUGUAUGUUUGAUUUUAAAUUGAAUUCUGUUGAUAUUUUGGUGAGGGAUUCUAAUGGGAGCACCAUUUUGGUGCCUUAUUGUCGUGGGAGUAGUAGUUCUACUUCUGCAACAACAUCUUUGGAUGAUGUUUCAUGUGUUUCUUCAUGUUUGUCAAUGAGUUCAAGCAAUAUUAUUGAUGCGAGUGAAUACUUGGGUGUUAUAGGCCAGAGGCUCCAAAGAGUUAUCUCACUCAUGAGUGGCAAGGCUUUAUAUGGCAUGAGGAUCAAAAAGUGUGCUAAGAGAUAUUCUGAUGGUUAUCAAUGGUCUAUUGGGGAUUUGAAGAACAAGGUGAAUGACUUUUUCUACAUAAAGAAGUUGAAUAAUGUUCACACAUGCAAAGGAGUUCUUAGGCAGCAAAAGAGUAAGCUUUUGGGGUCUCAUGUUGUAAAAUCAGAGAUUGCUAAUGAGUUAAAGUCCAAUCCUCAACUCAAGCCUAAAGGGAUUGUGUCUCGUCUCAAGCAUUCUUUUGGUUUAGAUGUGUCUUAUAAGACUGCUUGGUAUGGGAAGGAGUUGGCUAGAAAAGCUGUCCAUGGUCAUGAUGGUGACUCAUAUUAUCAACUACAUUGGCUUUUUAAGUCAUGCAUUCCGCUUCUGUUCGUGGAUGCUGCUCAUUUGAAGAGUAAGUAUAAGAGAUACAUGCUCUGUGCUACUAGAAAGAAUGGAAACCAAGAGUUAUUCCCCUUUGCAUUUGCAAUUGUAGAUUCUGAAAAUCAUGCGAAUCAUGGCAUUGAUUCUCCUCAUUCAUACUGCUACUAUCACCUUAAGGAGAAUGUUAGAGGUGUGAACCGAAAGCAAUCUGAAAAUUAUUUUGUUGACAAGAUUGUGGAGGAAUUUAUGAAAGUUGCUUAUUCACCUACAUUAGGAAGCUAUAACUUCAACUUGCACAACUUGAAGAAAGAAGGUGGUCCGCCUAUUGAAGAGUUUCUGCAAUCUUUGCCGUUGGAAAAGUGGUGUAAUGCAUUUUUCAAAGGAAACAAGUAUGGUAAAAUGGCAAAUAGUGUUGCUGUUGGAUCAUAA